UUUGAUUCCAAUAGUCUUUUGCAGUGCUGUCCAAACUUUUUUUGCGCCACGGCACAACAAAGUGGUAGCCCACUUUUGAUACUUCAUUUCCUGAAUGUUUUAACAACAUACUAUUGUGCCGUGGCACACAGUUUGGACAACACUGGUAUAUAAGAUUGAUCAACAGACAGUCAAAGUGAUCAAGAGACAAAACGAUUCACAAACAAGAUUUUAUUGACUUAAAAACAGUCAGAUUUAUUAGCAACCUGCCAGACAGACAGACAUCAUCGUCCCUAUGCUUGUAAAAUAAACCCAAACUAGUGUCAAAUGUAAAUGAAAUUUCCCAUGUGAUAUAUUGCCAUAGUAGCCAGAAUAGAAGAAAAACGUUUAAUGAAACUGCCAAACGAGUGAAAAAUGAGAAAAAUUCCUUCCGAAACACUCUCAAAAUUGUCCGAUGAAUUGACAUUUUCAAAUUCAAAUUCCAUAGCAUCUUUAGGAUCGAGAGAUACGCAUUCAUCGCAAAUGUCAUUCGAGGAAGAUAAUGUGAAUUUUAUAAAUUUUUUGAACUCUCACAAUGUCGUCGGUCCAAUGCGUUUAAGAGUCUUGAAGCACCUGGAAUUUGCAUCGUCCACAUCGAGUACGUCUAAGAUAUUUAAAAAGGCAUCAGAGGAAUCAGAGACGGAUAAGAAGAAUGUGAAAAAUGAGAAAAUGCUCUUGAUGGACAGAAGAAGAAUGUCUCAUGCCAGCGAACGUAACGAGCAUUCUCAAGAGGAAUUUGAAUGUGAAAAGGCCGACAGGGCACAGUUCGUACAAAGUUUAAUGCUCUCAACGUUGCAGGAUGAAAAGUUUCAAAUUUAAUUUGUAUUUCAUUUAUUUUCAUCUGUUACAGUCUUUCCCUCACUUUAUGUUCUUCCUACCUACUAUUUUGAC